ACGUAACGCGUAAUAACUGUAUUUGUGUUUUGUUGAUGUUAUUUUCAAUAAAGAUAAAAAAAAUUCCUUGUGACGCUUUUGCGCAUGUGCGUCGUAAAGCUCGAGCAGCAGUUUGUUUGUUUUUUUUUUAAACGUAACGCGGCGCAUGCGCAUUGCGAAUCAACUCCAGGACGCGGAUUCGGGACCUGCAUUGUUUAACUCCGAGAGUGUUUAUCAUAAUGUGUUUAGAAGCGGAUUAAAUCUCAUCAGUUUUAUAAUGAGACACAGUUUAUUUUACGGAAUUAUUCGUUUGAAAUAUCUUCAGGAAUGUUUAAGACGCUAUCCUCGGGUUUUUCGGGCUUUUUCAGAUGCUGCUAAUGAACCUUUGAAACGGUGGACUUUCACAGUCAGUCCUUUUAUUAAAAUUAGUUGCCAUGUGCACUGUGAUGUUUCAGUGCAGCCCCUGGAUGCACACGCAUUUCCGGGAGCGGAUCGGGUGUUUGUUAGUGUCCACGGGCGCAGCGGUGAUGACGUCACUGCACUGGACACAGUUCGGGUUCACUAUGAUGAUCAGAGCGAGGAGCUACAAGUUGUCAUUGAUGAGGCCAUCAGUAACCUGUCUGUAGAACUCACAACUCCUAUUAAAAGUGACCUUCAUGUUGUUAGUCAUGGGAACGGUAGUGUGAGGAUCCAGAACAUGGAAAGCGAUCUGUGUCAGGUACAGACAGAAAGAGGUCACUGCAUCCUUCAGUCUCUGAAGAGUCACAAAGUGCAGGUAAGUUCCAGUGGAGGAAACAUCACUGGCAUGGGCACCAUCCAUGGCGAUGUGGAGAUAAUCACUGCAGGACACAGUAGAGUUGAUAUUAAGAAGAUCCAGGGAACAUCCAUGAAUAUGUCCACAGAACAUGGGCCACUAAAUGUGAAAACCAUUUAUGCCGAGUCCAGUGCUGUGGCUUCCUCUUCAGGGAAAAUCCAUAUUGGGCAUUUACACGGUGAAGCACGUGUGAGGAGUGACACAGGAGAUAUCAUCAUUGACAGUUCUAGCGGUGUCCUAACGGCACACACUAACACUGGAAACGUUGAUGCGUAUGUGAGCCAGAUAGGAACAGCCGAGCUUCAUUCACAGCAAGGUAUUGUGCGUGUUCGUGUCCCAUCCACUCUAAAGGCCUGGGUGCAGUUGUGUGGGACGACGGUGGACGCCAGUUCAGAGAUUGCUCAAGAGACACAAAUUCAGUCAUCUGACGGAAAAACAGUACUUACUGGGCCACUGAAUGGUGGCACACAGGAGGACUGUUGGAUCAGUGCCACUGCUGACAGAGGUGUCGUGAGCAUCAAGACCCAGAGCUGGUUUGAGACUCUUAAACUGGAGAGAUGAAUGAGGAUUUACCUUUAAAAUAUUUAUUAUGUAUGGUUUUGGUUUUAUGUGUACAGUGUAUCAUUACUGUUUAUAUAGAUGGAAAAUAAAUCAUGAAUACGUAUA